AUGAAUAUCUUGUCUUUCAAUGUCAGGGGUAUUAGAGGAGGAGGUAAGGCUUCCUGGUUGAAAGAAAUUCGGAAAAAGAAUAAUAUUGGAAGUAUUGCUCUUCAGGAAACGUUGGCUGAAUCUGUGACGAUGGACGUUCUUGAUAAAUUUUGGGGGAAUAGAAGUUUUGAGUAUACAUGUGUUGAUUCGAUCGGGCAUUCAGGAGGUAUAAUUUGGAUGUGGGAUCCAAAAGUUUUGAAGAUUGACUAUGUUCUUAAGAACAUGCACUUUCUGCUUAUUAGAGGCUCGGUUGUUGGUAGUGGUAAUCCCAUAAAUCUCUUAAACAUUUAUGCUCCCCAGAGCACUGUUGCAAAAAGGAAUUUGUGGGCUGAGAUAUCUAGUGUCAUUGACCCGGCUGUCGGAGCUUGGGUUCUUGCGGGGGACUUCAAUGCGGUGCGGGGAGGAGGUUUACUUGCGUUAGAGAUAACGGAAAAAAAACUUAGAAAGUUAGACAAGUUUCUGGUGUGUCCGGAGUUUUUCGAUAGGUGGUCGUCCGCGUGUGUAAGAGUUAUUCAGUGUUACAAAUCAGAUCAUUGUCCUAUAUUAUUAAAGCUUAUGGAUUUGAAUUUCGGGCCUCGCCCGUUCCGAAUUUUCAACUCAUGGAUUGGAAAGGAAGGUUUCGUGGAGGCGGUUCGGGUCCCUUUGGAAGGCUUUGUGCCUUUUGACCCUCCUGAUUCAUGUUUAUCGCAUAAGUUUGCCAUAAUAAGGUCCUCAGUCAAAGCUUGGAUAGAUGAAUUUUUAUCGAAGGAACGGGAAAGCGAAAACGUGGCGUUAGUUGAGUUGGAAUCUUUGGAAGCGGAAUUAGAAAACAGGGAUUUGUCUGAAGAUGAAGAAUAG